ACUGGAUCUGGUGCUGGGCUGAGGCGAAAGCCACCUGCACUCAAACGACAAUGGUUUCCCCAGUAGAAAUUGAUGCACAAAAUCACAACCGGCAAGCAAAAAAUGGCCAAUCACCCUCUAACGGCGACCACUAUUGAAUGAAUGAUGGUUGGAUAGAUUGUUGGUAAGUAGUAGCUUCCCCAUUCCUCCCUUCAUAAGUUUCGACUCCCACUAGUAUUUUAAGUCUCGUGCGGAUGCAGUCAAUCUGAGCCUUAGUCUUCGUCUAGUACCUCGCUAUUAGCACCAAGUCAGCGAUCAAGAAAGUGCUGCGAUCAGUGCUAUGCUUUACUGAUGGUCGGAUCCAACACCACCGGACACAAUCACACUAGCACCUCUGCCUAGUAACGAACUAGUGUCCAAGUCUACGAAGGAAUCCCCCUCGAUCAUGAUCAGUUGGCAAAUACUGAUAACGACUCUUCCUGUUUCUAUGCAUCACCCCCGUUGUCCGGUGUUCUUUCCAACCUAUUUCCGAAAAAACUCGACGACAUUCACCCUUCUGCCUUUGGAGAGUACCAUCGUGAUAGGUUGUUGGUCAUAACUCGUUUUAAUCUAUCCUGAUCUCACCGAAGAACGUAUACGGCCUGGGAACGAUCAUAGCCGGAAGGUAUCGUUGCAUGAACUUGAAAAAAGUGGACCUAACGGCAAACACGUGAGAUGGCGGGAGUGUGGGAGUGCUGGAGCGGUGAGAGGACACUUCCAGGAUGCCAGUUUAUAUUACAUCUUCUGCCGUCGCCCUAGCGUCCAUCUACGUAUUGACAGCAUGAAUGUAUCCUCAGGCUGGCAUCUUGCACGCAAUUGAUGAACACCGCCAGUCCUAUUUUCGUUUUGUCUUUCCAUCUGUGUUCCGGGAACAAUGAUAUACCAACCGUCACAAAUCAGGUUUAAGUUGUGAGCCUUAUAUAUCCCAGUCGGGUGUAUUACGUUCCGGCUUUUGGUACCCUUCCUCCUCCCAAACAUCCUGGGUGCUUGAUGCAGCGAGUAGACGACGACGACUCUCGUAUACAGUACACGCCAAAGAGAGAUUGGUUCCGGGAUGGGCAACCAGAAGAGUUCAUGCACACGAGUCAUGGAUCGGAUACUGCAGACGCUCAGAUGUCGUUUGAUUUCAAAGGAACAAAAGUAAACGUCUACGGCACGUUAACUUCACUUGGCUCCAGAAAAACCUCCUACCUGUUCAGCAUCGACAAUGGAAACCCCGUAGAAUUUUUCCCUCCUUCUCCUCCCCAGAGGGACGACGUGUAUAACCAGCAACUGUUCAGUUCUGAUACAUUGCAAGAUGGACCGCACAUACUCACCAUGAAGGUCACCGUGGACGAUAGCAGUCUGUACUUUGAUUAUUUGGAAUUCAUGCCCUCCGUUCCCGGUCAGUCAUCGUCCCCAUCACCAAACCCCGCUCCUCCAUCUACCACCACUUCAACCACUUCCGAAACGGUAAUAACAUCGAGUGGCGACCCACACGAGCCUUCUUCGACCACGUCUCCUCCAGCAACGGGACCGGGAACAACCUCCGAAUCGAGGUCGAGUGAUGGUUCAUCCACGCCUUCAUCGACCACUUCUGGUUUCGUAACCGUAAAACCUUCGAGUGGCGUCCUAUCCAUGCAUCAUGCCCCCACCAUAUCCACAUCUUCUUCUGAAACAGGGGGAAUUCCCGCGAGCGUUCUCGAAGUCCCACCAUCAACUUCAUCAUCAUCAGGUACACCAUCAUCAUCACAUCUCUCAUCUGGUGCUGUUGCUGGUAUCUCCAUUGCUGUUACUAUAGUUCUGAUUUCGGGCUUGGGAAUUCUGGUCUGGCGGUUUCUCUGGAAACGAAGGCAACAAAGAUCCGAAAGCGGGGAAUCUGGGGCAGAAAGUACUACUUCAUUCAAUCGAACAUUCACACAUACAAGUUUACCCUCAACUCCAGACGUAUCGGGGACCGGCCUGGGGACGGAUGAUGAGACUAUGCCAAAAGAUCCUCCUCCUCCUUACGUUGAUAACAGGUAG